AUGGACUGCUCGCAUUGGAAGCCAACUGGCGGAGUGCGCUCCGGCUCUGACGAGAAUCGUACCCUGAACGAUGAAUCGGGCUCCGUUUUGCCGACAAUCGUCACUCCUUACAUUUACGACUGCUUCUCUGAUAUGCAGGUCGCGCCGUACCUGAAGCGGGUUGAUCCCAAGAUCAGUUCUACUAAAGCAAUUCAAUUAUCAUGGCCUGAGGCAACGGAAGACUGGUCUUUUACGAGACAAGUUAGAAAGGGCCAGCCUCGAACCGACAUGAUUGCAGGUAUCAAUGUCGGCGACACGAUUUCAACUCCUCCAGAUGGAGCACACACUGGAACCAAGUGGAAAAGCGUUGAGGGCCCGGAUACUCGGUGGUUCGGCAUUGUUCAAAAGGUGCAUGUCUAUAAAGAUGACUCUCGAUCUUUCGAUGUCACUUGGCUGUAUAGGCCCGUUGACACGCCUUGUUGCUCGAUGAAAUACCCCUGGACGAAUGAGCUCUUCUUGAGCGACCACUGCACCUGUCAGGAAGGCAGAGAUGCCAGAGUUCACGAUAAUGAGGUUCUCGAGACUCACUCUGUGGAAUGGCUUGGAACACCCGACACGAAAGCGGAGUUCUUCAUCAGGCGCCUGUAUGAAGUUGAGAAGCGUCGGUUCGUCACUCUAAAGAAGACAGACAUAAAAUGCAAUCAUAAACAAGACAAUGUCCUCCCUGUAUAUAGGUUAGGCGACACUGUACUCGUUGCUACCGAUCCUCGGAACCCAGAUACUCUUGAGCCAUGCGAGAUCACCGAGCUCAACGGAAAGACCAACAGCAUAGGAUUUGUUCGCCUUCGAAAGCUCCUCCGACGUCGAUCUGUGGACCCGCAAAGCCAGGCGUGUCCUCCCAAUGAACUUGUCUACACGGAUGAGUUUGCUUUUGUCAGGACAGUGAAAAUUGCUGGACGCUGUUGGGUGAGAGUAUUCAACCCCGAGGAUCGCAUCCCCACACCCUAUGAUCGAAACGGAACUGGAAAUUUCUUCUAUAUCACCCAUCGACGGGAAAUCAAUGACGGUGUUGCUGUAUACGCGCCGCUGACAGACACACCGACCCUGAGACAAGGGUUCGAUCCGAAGCAGAAGGUCAAGCAGCUGCAAGGUUUAGAUCUCUACUGCGGUUGUGGCAAUUUUGGCCGCGGUCUAGAAGACAGCGGCACCCUCAAAGUGAACUGGACGAACGACAUUUGGAAUGUAGCUAUCCAUACUUAUAUGGCAAAUGCUUCCUCGCAGACCGGCGUUAGGCCGUUCCUGGGCUCCGUGGAUGAUUUGCUGCACCGAGGUCUUCUGGGAUAUUACUCCGAGAAUGUCCCUCAGCCAGGCGAGGUCGACUUUGUGUCAGGUGGCAGUCCUUGCCCAGGCUUCUCUAUCCUGACAUCGGACAAGACCACGGCAAAGCAGCACAAAAACCGCUCACUGAUUGCAUCCUUUGCCUCGUUCAUCGACUUCUACCGGCCAAAGUACGGCGUACUCGAAAACGUAACGACCAUCGUUCAGAAAAGAAAGCCCGAAAUGGGACCUACGGAAGACUUCUUCUCUCAGCUCAUCUGUGCUAUUGUCGGCAUGGGCUACCAGACGCAGAUCAUCCUGGGUGAUGCAUGGACUCAUGGUGCACCACAGAGUCGCCCCCGAGCGUUUCUCUACUUUGCGGCGCCUGGGCUACGUCUUCCAGACGCUCCUCAGCUGUCACACUCUCACCCACCUAAGAUGAUACUUCACGGUCUGGGCAGGAUGACCAACGGUGAGCCUUAUGUGCAACGAGAGAGAAUCCCGACUGCUUUCAAGUUCGUCAGCGCUGCUGAGGCUUCAUCGGACCUUCCAGAUAUCGGGGACGCAAAGGUAAACACUUGCGUCCCCUUCCCGGAUCACCGGCUGGCUAUGGCGAUGAGCACUGGUAAUACGCGGGCUUCUACGAGGGGCCAUGCCACCAGCAAGAACGGCCGUGUGCAGAUCCUGAACAUUCCUACCCGUCCGUACGGCAUGGACUUCAACAAGACGUGGAAGGAAGGACGCGGAGUGAUGACGCAGGCGGAGCGAGUCGCCUUCCCGGGCCAUGGCCUCCGUGUCUCGAAGCUGGCCAAGUCAUGGGGCAGACACACGCCUAACAUGCUUUUUCCCACAAUCACCACGGCCUGCUCUUACACCGACGCCCGCAUUGGAGGCCACCUGAUGCACUGGGACCAGCCUCGGCCUCUGACAAUCAUGGAGGCAAGACGUGCACAGGGAAUCCCUGACGAUGAAGUAUUACUAGGCACUCUCGGUGAGCAAUGGAAGAUGGUGGGUAAUAGUGUCGCCCGGCAGAUGGCUCUUGCUCUGGGUCUGGCCUUCCGUGAGGCCUGGCUGGGAAGCCUGUAUGAGGAUGAUGGAGAAACAUAUACGACAGAAGUCGAGGGCGAGGACGGUGCUGAGGCUGAUCUGACCCUGAACGAGGGAGUCGGUCGCAUGGCAGCCCUGAGCGUCGAUGAGUUAGCUGCCGACAAUGAAACAACAUUCAUGGACUUUCAGCCAGAUUUAGACUUCGAUGACUCAAUCCAAAUGCCGGAAGGAGCAAUCUCGGCCUCGAAGACUCCAGAGCGAACCUCGCUUGAGUCCUUCGCCUGUCAUAGGUCGUCAAUGGCGACAAGCAUUCCCAGCAAUGACGGGGCGGUGAGAUCUGGCGGCUCGGUGCGUAAACGGCCCUUCUCCGAGAUGUUAGCAAGAGGAUCGCUGUCGGCGAAGAAGGCCUGUCUGGAUGAGCCCCUUCCAGUGGAGUCGAGCGACGAGGACGAUGUUCUCGGUCCCGCAGAUCGUAGAGGGCCAACUAUAGUACGGCUGCCCUCCUACUACAGCGACGAUGACGAUGACGAUGACGACAAUGACUAUUUCUGA